AUGAGAAAAGCUUGGCAAAUCUCAUUUUUAUUCUUUUCUUUGCUCACUCUUUCGUCUGCUUGUGAGCUCAAAUUGCAGAUAAAGUCUCGGUAUGUGGGAAAAAUCUUUGCUCAAAUCGAGCUCCCGGAUGGAUCGUCGAAAAUUAUGAGAUUUCCGAGAUUCGGCUCAACAAGGACGAUUCCAUUCUCGGCGCAAAUCUGCGGUCUCUACAUGACAUCGAUAAAAACAUUCAAAAAAACUCCUCGAGGAUUAGAUGGAGUCGAUCCGAUAGGGGUAGUUCAGCACAAUUUGGAUGGUAAAGGGACAUUGCGAUACGAGAUUUCCACCGAUGGCUCACCCCGUCUCAUCGGAAGAGAUCUUUCUGUUUGGUGUGCAUUCGGGAAAUGUCCUUUCGCU